AUGCCACCAGGCCGAAAAAGUAGAAGUGAGGGCGGCAUGCCUCAAAAACCGGCUAUAACGUCGCCACCGGCAUCGACGACGGCGACGUCGCGAUCAGCAUCGACGACGGCGACAACAUCGCGACCGGCAUCGACGACGGCGACAACAUCGCGACCGGCAUCGACGACGGCGACAACGUCGCGACCGGCAUCGACGACGGCGACAACGUCGCGAUCGGCAUCCGCGACGGCGACAACGUCGCGAUCGGCAUCCGCGAUGGCGACAACGUCGCGAUCGCCAUCGUCACCGGUACUUGAGUCUCUGUACGAUACAUCUGACGACAAUAUAUCGUACAGAGAGUCGCGAAGAUACGCAAGGACGGCGACGGCGACGCCUUUGAAAGAGAUGCCGUCUCCACAAUCAGGACAAGGACAAGCCAGGCCUGAAAAUGUGAUAAAUAAAAAGGUGAACGCAGCAGUGAGGAAGGUACUACAAAGGGAACGGAGAAAAUUUGGUCGCCCUCAACGAUUCGGGGGUUUUCCAUCACUCUUCAACGUUCAACCACCAGCACCGAUGUACAUGUCACCAGCUCCAAUGUACGGGCCACCAGCACCCAUGUAUGGGCCACCAGCACCAAUGUACGGGCCACCAGCAACAAUGUACGCUGCAUAUCCGUACAGUGGAUAUACAGCACAAUGCAAUGGAUAUAGAGGGUAUUUUUAA